GUAAAAUUAGCUCGUGACAAGAAGGACAGUGCAAUAUAGUCGAACCAACCAUCUCAUAAACCUUGAAUAGGAUAUUUUUUAUUUGAAAACUGAAAAUAAUGUCGAUAUGCAGAGGUAUCUUAAGCUUAAGAUUGAAAGGACCCAUAAACUUGAUUUCAAGAUGGAUGUCCUACAACGUAAUGCAUCCGGGUAGACAUGGUGAAUCUUACGGCGAUGUUCAGAUCAAAAAUAAAAAUAUAUGUGAUCACUCUAAAGAAGGAAUACUUAAAAUAGUUGGCAAUCUAAUUAGCAAACCUCAUCCAGAAAAUGAACCAUUUACUGUAGCCGAAUAUGGUGCUGCGGAUGGAUCGAUUUCAAUGGAACUAAUGACUGAUAUAAUCUGUCUUAUUCGCUCUAAGUGUGGAAAGAAUAAAGAAAUUAAUAUAAUGUACGAAGAUCUCCCAAUGAGUGAUUUCAACUCUUUACAUAAAAGAAUUCACGGUAUAAUACCCAAUCCUAGAUCAUAUCUUCUGGAUCAUGAAAAUGUUUAUGUGACAUCUACAGGAACCAAUUUUUACAAGCAGUGUUUUCCUUCCAAUUCUGUAGAUCUAGCCUUGUCUUUUACAGCAACACAUUGGUUAUCAAAUAAAGUGGAUAUAUUUGAUCAUGUAUAUCCUUAUUUUACUCAAAAUAAAGAUGAAAUAGACGCCCUAGAGAAACAGGCGGCAGAUGAUUGGGUGCUAUUCCUAACAAAAAGAACAAAAGAGCUGAAACCAGGUGGUUGGGGUGUUUUUUCAACAUUAGGGACAAGAGACGCCACAGAGGGGAAGCCAGCCUUUGUUGCGGGUCAGGAUAUUUUAAACAAGCUUAAUGAAGUUUGGAACCGUUUAUUUUCUCGCGGCAUAAUAACAAAGGCCGAGUUAAAACGAGGUACACUAGGAUUUUGUUUGCGAAGCCCACGUCAGAUAGAAGAACCAAUCCUAGAUUCAAUAGAAAUACAGAAUGGUGGGUUGAAACUUCAUGAAAUCAGAUUAGAUACAAUUCCCUAUUUCCUCGAGGCAGAAUGGAACGAAAUGUUUAGGCAAGGCAAUAAAGAAAGAGAGGCCUUCGCGCGCGAUUUUUUGAAAUACUUAAAAACACCAUUUUAUAGUACCUUUUAUGAAGCCCUUGAAGGUCAACGGAACGAAGAGCAGAAACUCCAGAUUUGUGAAUUAUUAUUUAAAGAAGCAAGGGAUUUUUUUUUGUCAAAAUACCCAAGUGAAUUUGAUAUCGAUUAUAUUGUCACAACUACGUAUGUCUUUAAGGAAUAAAUAUUAUUUUUGUUCUGGAAAUGAAUUAUGAUUAUUUUUUUUUAACUCAUUUAUUAGUUAUUAGUAUUUGAUAUUACACACACGGGGAAUAGACGACCAUCGGUGGAA